AUGUAUAAAUGCACGAACUCUAAGAGCACCUCUAGCGCCCAACCCAAAUUGGGUGAAAGGCUGCCAGAGAGAGCCCGAGAUGGCUCCAGCGCAGGGCCCGUAGCCCGGUUUCAUGGUGGGUCCCACGAGCCCGAGGAAGCCCAAGAGCAAGUCUUGCCCGGGCUGAAGCCCGAGUUUGGUGACGUCAGCGCUGGCGUCACGUUGACGUCACCACCUGACAGCUCCAACGGGCGUUUGCCAUGUGGCGCGACGGGGACUCUCGGAUGGCUUUUUUCCAGAAAUUCCACGGUCCUCGUUUUUUUGGCUAAAAAAUUGAAUCCAAUCCACCUGAAAAAACAAGCUGUGAAAGGGAUGACUGGAAUUUCAAAGCAUGCGGACGUCCGAAUUAGAGAAAGACUCAUGGUUUAA